GAUCGCCUCAGGAGCUUCGGUUGUUGUCGUCGUGGUCUCGUUCAGGGCGCGAGGCCUCCCGUCCCUCACACCCCCGUCGCGCCUCUCAGCCCCACCUCUCAGGCCUGGAUGGAGCACGCUCUGAGGGGAAAUGACGGACCAGGAGAAUAACAACAGCAUCUCAAGCAACCCCUUCGCCGCUCUCUUCGGCUCCGUGGCCGACGCCCGGCAGUUUGCGGCCGUCCAGAAGCAGCAGCUGAAGGCGGCACCCGAGGAGGCCUCGGCCAGCGCCGAUGACUCGGAUAACAGCGUGUCGGAGAGCCUGGACGACUGCGACUACUCGCUGGCCGAGAUCAGCCGCUCGUUCCGGUCCCAGCAGGAGAUAUGUGAGCAGCUCAACAUUAAUCACAUGAUCCAGAGGAUCUUCCUCAUCACACUGGACAACAGUGACCCGAGCCUGAAAAGCGGCAAUGGGAUCCCGAGCCGCUGCGUCUACCUGGAGGAGAUGGCCGCCGACCUGGAAGAUCAGGACUGUCUGGACAUGGACAACAUCGAGCAGGCCCUCUUCUCCCGUCUGCUCCUGCAAGAGCCCGCCCACCAUCUGAUCCACAUGACCUCGUCCACCGCGCUGAACCUCUCCGCCGACCGGGACGCCGGGGAGAGGCACAACCUCCGCUACCUGUACGCCUGCUUCCAGCGAGCGAAGGAGGAGAUCACCAAAGUGCCCGAGAACCUGCUGCCCUUCGCCGUCCGGUGCCGGAACCUCACCGUGUCCAACACCCGCACGGUUCUCCUCACCCCGGAGAUCUACGUCGGCCAGAACGUCUCCGAGCAGCUGGUCGACCUGAUGUUGGAGGCCGUCCAGGGGGCCCACUUGGACGACGCGACCGAGUUCCUCGAGGAGGUCAUCGGCGCCCUGACGGCCGAUCAGGAGGUCCGGACGUUCCCCGAGGUCAUGAUCCCGGUGUUCGACGUCAUGGCGGGUCGGAUAAAGGACCUGAGCCUCUGCCAGACCAUGCUGUACACCUACUUGGAUGUGCUUCUCUAUUUCACCCGGCAGAAAGAUAUAGCCAAGGUCUUCGUGGACUACAUUCAGCCCAAAGACCCCAGCAACGGGCAGCUGUACCAGAAGACCCUCCUUGGAACCAUCUUGAGUAUCUCCUGCCUGCUGAAGACCCCCGGCGUCGUGGAGAACCACGACUACUUCCUGAACCCGUCGCGCUCCAGUCCCCAGGAGAUCAAAGUGCAGGAAGCCAACAUCCACCAGUUUAUGGCGCAGUUCCACGAGAAGCUGUACCAGAUGCUGAAGAACCUCCUCCAGCUCUCCCCCGAGACCAAGGACCGGAUCCUGUCCUGGCUGGGCAACUGCCUGCACGCCAACGCGGGCCGCACCAAGAUCUGGGCCAACCAGAUGCCCGAGAUCAUCUUCCAGAUGUACGCCUCGGACGCCUUCUUCCUGAACCUGGGGGCCGCCCUGCUGAGGCUGUGCCAGCCCUUCUGCAAGCCCAAGUCCGCGCGGCUCCUCACCUUCAACCCAACCUACUGCGCCCUGAAGGAGCUCAACGAGGAAGAGAGGCGGAUCAGGAACGUUCACCUGCGAGGUUUGGAUAAGGAAACCUGCCUGAUCCCAACCGAAACGGAGCAGGAGCCCGCGUUCGCCCCCAGUUACAACCUGGUGACGGAGAACUUGGUUCUGACACAAUACACCCUCCACUUGGGGUUUCACAGGCUCCACGACCAGAUGGUGAAGCUCAACCAGAGCCUGCACCGCCUGCAAGUGGCCUGGCGCGAGGCCCAGCACGGCUCCAGCCCCGCCGCCGACAACCUGCGCGACCAGUUUGAGCGCCUCAUGACCGUCUACCUGGCCACCAAGGCGGCCGCGACCGAGCCGCAGAUGCUGCACAACUGCCUCAACCUGCAGGCGUCCACGGCCGCGCUCCUGGUCCAGCUGGCCGUCGGCAACCGCGGCACCGAGCCCGUGGAGCUCACCUUCCCCUUGCCCGGGGACUACGGCUCGCUGGCCUACGUACCGGAAUUUUUCGCGGACAACCUGGGAGACUUCCUCAUCUUCCUGCGGCGCUUCGCCGACGACAUGCUGGAGACCUCGGCCGACUCCCUGGAGCAGGUCCUUCACUUCGUCACCGUCUUCACCGGGAGCAUCGAGAGGAUGAAGAACCCCCACCUGCGGGCCAAGCUGGCCGAGGUGCUGGAGGCCGUGAUGCCCCACCUGGACCAGCCCGCCAACCCGCUGGUGUGCAGCGUGUUCCACCGCAAGCGGGUGUUCUGCGCGUACCCGCACGCCGCCCAGCUGGCCGAGGCCCUCAUCCGGGUCUUCGUGGAUAUCGAGUUCACGGGGGAUCCCCAUCAGUUUGAGCAGAAGUUCAACUACCGCCGGCCCAUGUAUCCGAUCCUGAGGUACAUGUGGGGGACGGAUGCCUAUCGGGAGAGCAUUAAGGAUCUGGCUGACUACGCCUCCGAGAACUUGGAAGCCAUGAACCCGCCGCUGUUCCUCCGCUUCCUGAACCUGCUGAUGAACGAUGCCAUCUUCCUGCUGGACGAGGCGAUUCAGUACCUGAGCAAGAUCAAGGUUCAGCAGAUCGAGAAGGACCGGGGCGAGUGGGACCGCCUGACCCCCGAGACCCGCCGGGAGAAGGAGGCCAGCCUGCAGAUGUUCGGCCAGCUGGCCCGCUUUCACAACAUCAUGUCCAACGAGACCAUCGGCACCCUGGCCUUUCUCACCUCCGAGAUCAAGUCCCUGUUCGUGCACCCGUUCCUGGCCGAGCGCAUCAUCUCCAUGCUGAACUACUUCCUCCAGCACCUGGUGGGCCCCAAGAUGGGCGCCUUGAAAGUCAAGGACUUCAGCGAGUUUGACUUCAAGCCCCAGCAGCUGGUUUCGGACAUCUGCACCAUCUACUUAAACCUCGGCGACGAGGAGAAUUUCUGUGCCACCGUGCCCAAGGAUGGACGCUCCUACUCCCCGACUCUCUUUGCCCAGACGGUCCGGGUCCUGAAGAAAAUCAACAAGCCGGGAAACAUGAUCGUGGCUUUCAGUAACCUGGCAGAGAGGAUCAAGUCUCUCGCAGACCGGCAGCAGCAGGAGGAGGAGACGUACGCCGACGCCUGCGACGAGUUCCUGGAUCCCAUCAUGAGCACCCUGAUGUCCGACCCGGUGAUGCUGCCGUCUUCCCGGGUCACCGUGGACCGCUCCACCAUUGCCAGGCACCUGCUCAGCGAUCAGACGGACCCCUUCAACCGCAGCCCUCUCACCAUGGACCAGAUCCGGCCCAACGCAGAACUGAAAGAGAAGAUCCAGAAGUGGCUGGCCGAGAGGAAACAGCAAAAAGAGCGGCAGGAGGACCCGCAGUGAACCCGACAAACCGAAAGCCAGCCGCGAACGUGGAAAACCGAUAGUCUGUCGGUUUCUCUGUCCGCCUCUUCCUCUGGGUCUCUCACUGAUUCUCUGAGUCUUUCUAGCUCCGUCUCAUUCUCUUUCUCUCACUUUGUCUCACCGUAUUUCUUGAGUUUGGUCUUCUCUAUCUUUCCUCUCUCUCCAUUGUUUUUCCCCUCUCUCCGAAGCAGGGAACGACCCUUGUAUAAAACGCGGGCAUUGCCAACCCCAAAAA